AUGACUACUUGCGUUCAGCCACGGGGUUCUCUCUUGAAAGUAGGAGAUGGACGAGCUGUACCAUUAAAGGCCGCCCAGAAACUGAUCGACCCAUUUGUAUUCGUGCCGAUAUCGAAGUCGGAGGCCGCAAGGGGCAGAGGGAGCGCGAAGAGAGUGGUUCGUGCUCAUGUCACACGUGUGCAACAUGCCCAUUCGAAACAGUUCGCUGGAGUCGACCUACAAAGCUGGACGGUCGAUCCAUGUGUGCCAAAGGAGUCUAUCACGUCUCGAAGGAAACCAAGGCGGCCUCCGAUCAAGAGCAUUGCUGCAGUCGACAAGGCAUGCUCUUCCUCAGGCUCUUCGGUUGGAUCCGAGGAGCUCUUACCCACUAUACCGCGGAUGGUCGACAAUGGUGUAGAAGACCCAUUCUGGACGAUUGGCGUGGACUACAAGCCAGAGAUCGCACCCAUAUUAGCACACUACAUCCAGAACAUUGCUGUCGACAUACCAGAUCUGGACGGACCCCAUGAGAAAGGACUGCUGAGAAGAUCGCUCUUUCCAAUGUGCAUGACGGAAGCUGCUGCGAUGUACGCCAUUCUGCUAAUGGGUGCGUCUCAUUACUGCGUGGUCAACCCCACAAAAGGAAAGCUCAUCGAUCUGCUCGCACUGAAAGCACGAGCGCUGAACGAGAUCAAUGCUUCCUUAGCAGAUCCCGAAAAAGCGGUCACCGAUGCCAUGAUCAUGGCAGUAGCAAAGCUCGCGGCGUAUGAGUCGAUCUUUGGAGACACUACUGUUUUUGCAGCUCACAUGCGAGGUCUGCAGCAGAUGGUCAAGCUGCGUGGAGGGUUGUCGACACUUGGGUUAAACGGCCUGCUGGAGCGGAUGGUUGUUUGGAUCGAUCUCAAUGCAUGCCAUCUUACUGGGAUGGCGGCCCAUCUUGGCACAGAAGACUUACCCACGACGGAAGAGCGCAAUACAAAAGAGACGCAGGUGCAGAAACUACGAACUCUCGGCCCGGUCUACCGAGCGGCUACUUCGGCCAACGAUGAUCCUUGCACCUGGACCUGCUCACGCGCGCAGAACAUCUCCGCUACAAACACUCUCACCAGAACAGCCAUGUCGCCCAAGAAGAGGGACAACCUCAGAACCUUGGAGCCAAAUCCAAUAGACGAGAGAUCACUUCUGCUCGGCAAUGACCAGGAGGAAGAUGACCUCGAAGCGCAGGCCGAGCAAGAACGGCGAGAGUAUGACGCCGGCCACGCACCAGUCGCCGAAGAGCCCAGCACCAGGAAGCUGCUGUUGACGAUGGGCUCCCUCUGGCUAACCAGCUUCUUCGCCGCACUGGACACCUCGGUCGUGGCAACGCUGUCUGGACCUAUCAGUUCAUCAUUCAACUCUGGCACAUCGUUUUCAUGGAUUGCGUCCGGCUAUCUGGUGGCCAAUGCAGCUUGUCAGCCACUCUCUGGCAAGCUGACGGACAUUUAUGGACGUCGGGCUGGCCUUAUAUUUGCUGUCACUUUCUUCGUUGCUGGCACCUUGAUGUGCGGACUCGCGCAGAACGACAAGAUGAUGAUCGCGGGACGAGUCAUCGCUGGCAUGGGCGGUGGUUGCAUCAACACUGUCUCCGUCUUUGUUGCUUCUGAUCUGAUACCUCUUCGCCGUAGAGGUGUGUGGCAAGGGAUUGGUAACAUCGUAUUCGGCGCUGGCCUUGGUCUAGGUGGAGUCUAUGGAGGCUUCAUCAACGACAACCUCAACUGGAGGUACGCCUUCUUCAUACAGAUACCUUUCAUCGUGGUGGGAGGCAUAGUCGGCGUCUUUUCGAUCAAGGUUCCCAUCAACGAGUCAGACAAAGCUAAGAUCCAACGAGUAGACUUCCUGGGUGCUUUCACUCUAGUUGGAGCUCUGGUCCUGCUCCUCCUUGGGCUCAACAGUGGAGGUAACACUGUCCCGUGGAACCAUCCGCUAGUCUAUGUUUCUCUGCCGUUGAGUCUGGCGUUUCUCCUCUCAUUUAUAUAUGUCGAAGAUCGAAUCGCUUCGGAGCCGAUCAUCCCGAUCAGGUUGCUGGCCAACAGAAGUGUCCUGGCAGCGUGCUUGACAAACUGGUUUAUGACCAUGUCCGUCUUUAGCUUGAUGUACUAUGGUCCGAUCUUCUUCCAGGUCGUACGAGAUGUAUCAGCGACUCAAGCAGGAACACUCUUCGUUCCACAGGCCAUCGGGAUGGCAUGUGGCUCACUUGGAUCUGGUAUAAUCAUGCGCUGGACUGGAAAGUAUUGGUGGUUGAACAUUCUGGUCCAGCUGCUGAAUGUGGCGGCUGGCUCUCUUAUACUGGCCUUUUUUGACCGGAAUGUGCCCACUAUACCACCUUUCAUCUUCCUUGCUAUGGGAGGUCUUGCCUACGGCUCUAUGCUUACGAUCACACUCAUCGCCUUGAUCUCUGCCGUGGACCACAAAUACCAGGCUGUCAUCACCAGCGCCAGCUACGCUUUCAGAUCAACAGGAUCCUCCAUUGGUAUCACAAUCGCAAGUGCCGUCUUCCAGAACUUACUGAGGUCGCUUCUUUGGGAGCGCUUUGGUGAUCAGCCCGACGCGCGCGAUCGAAUCAGACACAUUCGAGACGAUGCAAGUAGCAUACGAGAUCUGCCAAAAUCAUGGCGAGAUGGUGUCAUUGAGUCAUACGUCGGAGUACUUCGAGGAGUCUGGGUGGUUGUGCUCGGGUUCGCGGUCGUGACGGCAUUCGUCAGCAUCUUCAUCAAGCAACACACCUUAUACAGCAAUCUCGGCCGCAAGUAG